AGCUUACCUACAGGUAGCCAAGAACUCAUUGAAUAAGCUUUUUUCCUUCUCUCUCCUUUUUGUUCUCACAAACUGUCCUAAAUAUCAUUGUGCCAAAGAGGACAAAGAGGAGAGGACAUUGUGGAACUCUCAAUAAGUUUUUUUUUACAGCAGGUUCACAUUGCAGAUUAUAACUACUGAGAGCAAAUGAAGACACACCUGAGAAGGCAUCAACACUGAAUUCCCACUGCUUGCAAUGCAAAUAGGGUGACAACAAAGUGGAAACUACAGAGAACACACUUAAGACCAAGAUGACCACCAAGAAGGCAGAUGUCCAACGGAGGAUCAUCUCCAAGAAUGGGCACAACCAAGUGCACAUUGACAACGUGGAGGGCAUGGUGAAGAUCUACCUCCACGACAUCUGGACCACGGUGGUGGACAUGAAGUGGCGCUAUAAGCUCACCCUCUUCUCCUCCACUUUCAUAAUAACCUGGUUCCUCUUUGGCGUCAUCUUCUACUUUAUUGGCAUGGGCAACGGUGACUUCGAGGGUGAGUUGCUGUCCAACCACACGCCCUGUGUCAUGAACGUCGCGACCCUAACCGGUGCCUUCCUCUUUUCCCUGGAGUCUCAGACCACCAUUGGCUAUGGCUUCCGCUACAUCACCGACGAGUGUCCGCUGGCCAUCUUCGUCCUGCUGGUCCAGCUGGUCACCACGGGCCUGGCUGAGAUCUUUGUAACCGGGGCCUUGCUUGCCAAGCUGGCGCGGCCCAAAAAGCGGGCCGAGACCAUCAAGUUCAGCCAGUUGGCAGUGAUCUGCCGCCACAAUGGUAAACUAUGUCUGAUGGUGCGUGUGGCCAACUUGAGGAAGAGCCUGCUGAUCCAGAUCCAGCUGAUGGGCAAGCUGCUCUCACCCAAUGUGACUGAGGAGGGCGAAAAGACUCUGAUCCGCCAGACGGCUGUGGACUUCUACAUAGACUCGUGCGGGGAGUGCCCCUUCCUAAUCCUGCCCCUCACAUUCUACCACGUGCUGGAUGAGAGUAGCCCCCUGGCGGGGCUGACUGCCGAGAGGUUGCGGACGCGUGACUUUGAGCUGCUGGUCACCCUUAAUGCCACCAUGGAGUCCACGGCAGCCACUUGUCAGAGCCGCACCUCGUACGUUCCCCAGGAGAUCCUGUGGGACUACAAGUUCAAGCCUGUGCUCUUCAGCACCCCUGGUGGCCAGUAUGUGGCCGACUUUAACUUCUUUGACAAGGUGCAGGUGAGCAGCGACCCGACACUCCCCAGCAACAACAAAGAUAAGCUGAAACUAGAGUACAAGAAGGAAUAAGAGGUCCCUCAAACAUGUUGGACACUGGUAAUAAACAUGACCCACAGUUACUGUCUGGAAACAAUUUGUAAACACGCAUUACGGAAAUAUAUCUGUUUUUAUUUCAUAUAACUGCUAAACCCAAUACUCAUAGUUGAAUGAUGACAUUUUAGGCAAAUUCAAAUGUUCAACAUGAUCAGUAUUUAUCUGGACAGAGUAAAUUCAGGUGCAGUAUAUAACUAGCACAUCGUUUGGAUCCACAAGCCAUAUAAUAGGAGAAUAUAGACAUACAGGCAAAACAAGGACUGAGUCUCAGGUGCCAGUGUUUGAGUGGAACUGUAGCAGCAAUUAUUGCUGUACUAGAAAUAUUUCACCUGUACAUAGGAUUCCAGGAAAGAAGAUUCAAGAUGUUGUUUCUUUGUAUCACUCAAGUUGGAUAUUUUAAUAUAUUAUACAAAUUUCACACUAAGAGCAGAUGGGGAUAGAACAAAACUUUUUUGUGUAGCGCUUAAGAGCUGUGUUUUUUCUGUCUAUGAAUAAACCAUUGACUUUGAA